UAUCCUUUAAAUCUGAAUUGAAAUGAUGGCUUCUUUGUUUGCUUGUUUUCUUCUAUAGCUUGCUUGCUUGUUUUUUGAAGUCACUCUUGUUAAUUGUCCUGUAGCCAUGGUAUGAACCAGAUAGCCAAGAAAGCUGACAUGGUGAAGUUAUAUACAGCAUCCUUGUGACCUUUUUCCAGUGAAGAUACAUAUCUGUCCAAUAAAGCCCAGGCCAAAUGACAGUGACAGCUGCCUCAUGGCAUUCAGUUUGAAUUGAACAGGUUUACUCACAAGUCAGGAGCAAGUAUUUCAUUACAGCCUGUGCACCAAGACCAGCAUAAGCCCCCAGAAGUGAAACUUUCCCUCAGCAGCUAUGGAAACUGCCCCGGUGGACUGAGAUGCACUUCACAGGCUCCUCCUUGUCUCCUUGCUUUGACUUUCCUGCCUCCUGCAAGCUGUCAUCCUCUGUUGGCAUUUGCAUGUUGGUGUAAGCACUUGCAAGGGAAGAAAACCUCACUUCAUCUCUCAGGAGGGAUCCAGGGUGUUAUGGGAACUGAGCACUCAAAGAACGAGGGGCGAAGGAGCAUGUGUUUUCUGAGGAGAGGUCCAAAGUUGCCUGCAUGGGAAGAUGCUCUUCUCUCAGGGAAAGAGCCUAAGUCACUGCUGAAACAGGGAUUGCGUUAUGUCAGCUUGAGCCUUAUAAUGAAAGGGAUGACCAACACACCUGACUUCUUGUGGGGACUGCCUGAGGUGCAGAAACUGAACCUUUCACACAACCAGCUGGUGGUGAUUCCUCCUUCACUGGGGAAACUGGACAGGAUAGUAGUGCUGAACUUGGGUGACAACUGUCUCAAGUAUCUGCCUAAAGAGAUUGGGCUGCUGAGGAACCUCAAGGUCUUGUUUAUCAAUAUGAAUUGCCUGACAGAAGUGCCAGCAGAGCUCAGCUUGUGCAGGAAGCUGGAGGUUUUGAGCCUCUCACACAACUGCAUCUCUCAACUGCCUUUGAGCUUCAGCGACCUGACAAAUCUGAGGAAACUGAACCUCAGUAACAACAGGUUUGUGCAAAUUCCCCUCUGUGUUUUUGCACUGAGGAAUUUAGACUUUUUGCACCUAGGGUCCAACAGGCUUGAAAACAUUGCAGACAGUGUCCAGUAUCUGGUCAAUCUGCAAAUCUUUAUCAUAGAGAAUAACAACAUACGCAUUCUGCCACGGUCUCUCUGCUUCAUCACCACUCUGGAAUUACUAAAUGUUGAUUACAAUGCUAUACAGACUGUCCCAGAUGACCUCUACCUGCUGCACCAGCUGCCACGCAUUGCAUGGAACCCAAUGGACAAAGGUCUCCACAUCACCCACAACCCUUUGUCCCGUCCUCUGCCUGAGAUCAUAGAGGGGGGGCUGGAUGCCCUCUACACCUAUCUCAGGAAUAAAAAGGAGCACAGCUGAGUUUCUGCCAAACUUGGGAUUAAGCCUGUCAUCAAGACUUACUUGUAUCGGAGCACUUCCCUGCACUGGCAUUUCCACUUCAUAACGCCCGGACAUUGAAGACUGUGGAUGGCUUUAGUAAAGGUUGAAGGAAAGCAAGUAAAGUAUGGUGGUCUUGAUUAACUGUGUGAAGAAUAAACUUUCUAGAAGUAGCCACCUCUGCAACCUUUAGUUCUGGUGUGCUUGG